CUGGCAACUCCACAGGGCGAACGCCCAUGAUAACACUAUAGCCUGUGGGGUGGGCGACUGCCCACAGAUGUUCACCCCUGCCCAGGUUGAGGAGCUCGCCUUCCACCGGCGGAGGCACCUCAACCUGGGGACGGAAGAGCCCUCACGGAAGAAGAAGAGGGCAGAGGACGAGGGGGAUGGCACGGGCCAGGAGCUGGGGGUCGAUCCCGCAUCGAUCUCGGCGCCCCGGCUCCAAGCCGCCGUGCAUCCCCAGGUGGAGAAAGAAAGGACAGAGGUCGGGGGGGAUGGCACGGGGCAGGAGCUGGGGGUCGAUCCCGCGUCGAUCUCGACGCCCCAGCUCCAAGCCGCCGUGCAUCCCCGAGAGGAGCGUGAGGCUGCGAAUGGUGACCAACCUCAAGUUCGGGGACUGAAGGCCGGGAGUGCAGAACCUGUUUUGGGCUUGACUGCUGAAGAAAUAGAGAACCUGCUCGGAGGGGCCGACCUGGGAGAUAUAGAUGACCAUAUAGACGUUGAUUUACUGCUGAACUUUGAUUGAAUGAUAAUGAUUGAUGAUCUAGCGUUUUAACGCUCAGAAUACAUUGUUAUUUAUUUUGAAAUAUUGUUU